GCCCCCCCCCCUGUCCUGUUGCCGUCCACCGACAAUCCCAAACAAAUCCACAUUUCUGGCUGGCUGCGACCUGCGUGUCUGCCAAGGAGCUUUGUUGGUCAUGAGAGGGGCUGAGCUGGGUUAGGGUUGCGCAUUGUUUUGGGUUGUGUUUCGGCAUUAUUAGGCUGGGGUGGGGAGGACCAGAUCCAAUGCGUCGGUUCUGGAAAAAAACCCUCCACACACACACACACACACGCGUAGCUAUUACAUCUGGAUGGUGACAACAUGAGCUGCGUGUGACAAUGCAUAACUCCCCUCUUUUCCAGUACCUGCAUGAUCUAGGGCACACAGACUUUGAGGCAUGCCCAACGGCGUCACAGGAGGAGGAAUAUGGCGGACAAGAGGGAGACCUCACUUCUUCCGACGAAGAUCCACGGAAAACUUCAGGAGGACGCUUAUGGAGACUGGCUGAAGCCUUGUGGAGAUGGAGUCCGAUUCACCAGGCGGCUGCAUCUCGUAAGCUGGGGCAGCAGCUGGACUGUGUGUUCGGCCAGUACUCGGUGAAGUGCAUUUUAGACCAGGACGUGCUGCUGCAGGAGGACGUGGAGCUGAUCGAGCUGCUAGACCCCAGUCUGCUCACCCUCGACUCGUCGCCCUCUGGCUCGUGCAGUCGAGCGAGCGCCCUGCCCAGACCGAGCCUCAUAGCCAGGCCCUCCCUAUGGGACAUGGCGGGGCUGGUCGGCCUGACUGCUGUGCUGCUGGGUCUCUGCUCCGCAUCCGACGGCCUGUGGUCGUUGGCUGCGGCCCCGUGGGGCCUUGUGAUGCUGGGCUGGGUGGGGCUGCGGGGGAUCAUACUGUGGAGGCAGGGCCGCAUGCAGAGAGCCGUCCACGCGCGAGUCACACAGCUCCAGGCUCUGGUCCACAACAGCAAGACUCUGACCGGACUGUCUCGCAAAGCCCUGCGAUUGGUGCAGGAGACGGAGGUCAUCUCUAGAGGGUUCACCCUUUUGCUCGACAGGGUGAGUGCGGCCAGCUCCUUUAGCAGGGCGGGGCCGGGGGCGAUGCCACGAGGCCAGCAGCUGAUCGGACUGAGGAAGACCCUGUACCGGGCCCUCCGCUCAGCCUUCAGAGCCUCACGUAGAGCCACCUGUCACAUGCUCAAGGCGUUCCCUCUGAACUCUGAGAUCGAUAACGUGACCAACUAUGUGUCUGCGGUGCCUCUGAAGGAGCUGGGGCUCGGCCUGGGUAUUGAGCACCUGGGUGAUGAGCAGGCUCAGGAGCUGACGGAUGACUACAGCCUGCCUGCCCUGAAGAUGCUGUUCCAGCUGUGGGUGGGACAAAGCUCUGAAUGUUUCCGUCGUCUGGCUCUCCUACUGUCACCCCAAAGAAUAGAAGAGCCAGAAGAGGGAGCACCCAAAGGAGACACUUCCCCUCCUCCUCCUCCUCCUCCUCCUCCCCAACUGCUGCACAGGUCCAUCGCCGCAGUGACCGAGCCCCUCAGUCACGCUCUGGCCAGCUGCCUAGGAGAAGUGCAGCGCAGCUACGACUUCCAUCGACACUUUGAGACCCAGCUGAGGGCGACGGGCUCUGACAGGACGGGGAGAGUCAGGGAGAAAUGCCGAGAGCUCAACACCCUGCACACUUCUAUCCGAAGCCUGCAGCUGCACCUCAAAGCCCUGCUCAGCGAGAUGAUCAUACUGGAGGACGACCUGGAGAAACUGAUGGUGUCCAAGGAGCCGACGGAGUUGACCUUCGAAGGAUACCAAGACCUCAGUGACCGGCUGCACCAGCUGCACCCUCACAUGCAGGCCAGCACCGGCUGCUGGGAGGACACCAUCACCCAGGUGGAGCGCAUGCUGAGACGGGCCAACGCCUGUCCAGGUAAUAAUGAGUGUCUGGAGCAGUGUGGUACCCCCGAACCCGAGAUUCCAGCUUCUCCUCCAUCCUACCCGUUGAUCCUGGACAGAGACCCUGUCCCAGAAGAGCUGGAGUGGGAGGCCUAUGUGUCCGACUCCGACUCUGACGGUGAAGGCCGAGGUUCUUGGUCUGACAUGUUGUCACCGGAGGAACGGGAGCGGCAGCGCCGGGAGAGGGAGGAGUCCCGUCGCGUCCUGUCAGAGCUCAAAGCUGUCCUGGGUUUCCGCGCAUCAGAGGGGGAGAGGAUGAAGAGGAAGCAGCUGCUCUUCAACGACCAAGCUGCUGUGACGCCUUCAGCUCACAGUGAGAGUUCAGAUCCCGUCACAAAGCUGUCUGACGCUCUGAUUUCUCUGGGAUCGGUAGAAACUGGCGAUGACGAAGGAAACCACCUUUCAGAGUCCCCUGCAGGAAACGAAGGGGAGGAAGAGGAAGGAAGAGAUGGCAGGGCGAGGCCUGACCCCUCCACAGAGGCGGCGACGGAGUUCAGCUGUGGUUUGGAGGCAAAGGAAGGGGAGUUAGGAGGAGCUUCAGUCUGCACAAGGGGAGGAGGAGGAGCGUCCGAGCUGCACCAAUACGACGGCGUCCUGGCGGAAGGGGACACCGAGAAUGGUCUGGACUGCUUCCUGAUCCCUAAAGUCCCUGCUGUCUCUGUAAUGGACAGACUGACGGAGAUCCACGGCUCGGAGGCCCUCAGCUUCAGCUCCGCCCUCGCCAGUCAGGUGGCGGCUCGCUCACAAUCACUCAUCAAAAUGGAGGAGCAGACGUUCGGAGACGACGACUAUGAUGGUGUGGAUGAGGAGGAGGAUGAAGAGAGCGACAGACGAACGCCCGAGAAGGACUAAAAUGAAACCCCCCGCUGCUUUAACCAAGCACUGAGCAGAGACUGUAUUUAUGUCUGAUUGUCUGGGUGUCUUUUAUCGAUGGGUCUGUGUUACAUCUUAACUGUUUUUUGGUGUGGAGGUACCUCAAAAUUUUACGCCACUCUCUAUUACCCAUCCGUCCAUGUUACUGUACAUUACCCACGAUUCUUACUGCUCUUUCUGCUGUUAAAACUCAGGUACCAGAACCACUAAAAACAAACCAUGACCUUACAAGUGUUAAGGUCAGAAGAUCAGAAUGUCUACAGUUUACUCGGUUACAUCCACAUAGUGUAUAUUGGUCACAAUCGGUAGAUGUAGGAAAAUCGAAGACUGCGAGAAACAAGCGACGGGCUCCACGCGUAAGAAAAUGUGUAAUGAUGUGUUAUAGGAUUGUUUGAGAAGAUUUUUUUGUAUUGCAGUUUUCUCAUAAGUCACUGUAAACGAAGCUCUCCAGUCUGAGUUACUGUGAGGAAGUUUUGGGGCUGGAAGGAGGCUGAGCGCAUUAUUCUGAGAUACAGAUGUAUGCGAUCAGACACGGAUUCGCCCGGGGAAUUAAAGCGAAGACCUGUCCACGUGAUUUUAAAAUGCGUAAUCUUAAACUACAAAGUCAAGCUUAUCCCGGGGCUUUAUGUAACCUACAGAGAUUAUAGGAAAGCGGAGAGAGAGCUAACCGCUGUAAAGCUACGGUUAAUUUAUUUGACCUAAAUAAGUAAACAAUACCAUCAGCGCCUGCUAUCGGGUCGGAUUCCCCUUGAAAUCAAUGAAACAAGACACUACCACUGUUGUCCACAGAGACCGCCAGAAUCAACACAGAAUGAAACUAGUAAAAAGUAAUUAUACUGUCUAGUAUAAAGUAAAAAGUCCUGCAUUCAGUAUCCAACAGAACCUAAAUAUUGCCAGCGAUAUGUAGCAACGGCAAUACAAGUACUACAUUUUUAAACAAAAAAAAAAAGGAUUUCAGAGACUCAAAAUUGUACUUUAACUAUAGUACUCGAAUGUACUUUCUACUUUCCACCACUGCAGCUGGUACAUUGGAUGUUUUAGUCCGAAUAAAAAAAAAACCCAAUCCAGCGAAUUUGUGUGAACGACCGCGGGCCGAAACUUUCGCUUCUAUCUGAACACACCUCAAAGCAGAAGGUUGAACCCAGCUGACAUAACUUCUUAUAGGCAGAUAAAUGUAAACACACAAAAAGGCUGCGUCCACACUGCAGAACUGAGCGAUUGAGACUUUGCAGUGUGAACGAAGCCAAAGUUGUGAGGGAGCUCUGCAAGAAGAGGAAGCGAGAUGUUAUUUUUACUAUCAGCGCUUUUAUUUUUAUCCAUCUCUUUACUCUCUGAGUGGAAAACAAUAGGGGGUAACGGUUACUCGGACACAUAGCCCCGACCACACGUCCACGAUCCUAUUUCAAAAUAACAUAUUUGGAAUACGACACUAUUGUAUGUAAGAAGAACUCAUAAAAGGACUGAAACUCCCUUUUUUUUUUUUUUUUUUUAAAAGCGUCUGUGUUUACAGGGGCACACUCGGCGGAAAGAUAAGGAACUUGACACUUUAUGGACUGAAUUGUGUGGCAUGAAUUCAAUGAACUGUGCUGCUGUGAGGUUUCAAAUCAAAUACCUGUACGGGUAAUUAAAAAAAAAAAAAAAAGAUAAAAAGAGGUUGAUUUUCUCUCAUGUGAGGGCAAUCUAUAACUUUAUGUUUCAUAUGAAGUUGCCAUAAGAGUCUGACAGCCCUGGUGUAUGCCCCCCCCAUCCCCCUACCCCCUCUUCCUCCACCUUCCUAGUCUUUCUUGUCACCAUGUCUGCCUUGUCCUGACCCGUGAUGGGGUCUAACCCAACCCCCCCAACCCCCCUCCUGCAUUUUCCACCCUGAAAUAAAAUACCAUUCUGGAAGUGUU